AUGGUUAGCUGCGCCGCCUAUGCGGCUGCCGAAGACAGUCCACACUCAGAGGAGAAGGCGGACGAGGGGGCGCCUCCGCUGCGCGUCGUGCGCGUCGCUCCCGCUUCGGGCGGCAGGCAGCAGCUCACCGAGCGUCCGCGCGUCUCGUACGACUCGGUGCGUUGGAAUGCGGAGCAUAGUGAAGCCGCUUCGGUGACCUUGGACGCCCACUCAAGCCGGGUGGCGUUUUGUGCCGGCGAGCUAGUUUGUGAGGAUCUAGACGCGUUCCCCAGUGGCUGGAGCGACGGGAUCCCGGGCCCAAAAUUCCCCAAGGGGCAAGGCGUCGUGAGCUCCGCCGACUGGAGCGCGGUGCUCGCGCCGUUUGGCGUGAGAAUCGAGACGGACGAGCUGGACGUGAAGCCGGACGUGACGCCCUGGAGCUGGCGCGUUUCCCGGGGCGACCCCGUGGGAGAAAGGACUAAGGCGGCCCUUCGGUUCCUGUCGACAGUUAAGGUAAGGUAA